CCCGUGGCCUCUGGUCUCUUGGUGGCCAGAGCUGGUCUGUACCUGACCCCGCCUCUCUUCUCUCCAGCUGUGUAGCUGGGGACCCGUGACCGUUGCAUCCAGCUAACCAUGGAACAGUUUGGCUCCAGCCACCAGCCCCUUAGGUGAGGACUCCGUCAAGGGCCCACUGCCCAUUCCGCAUCAUGGAGGCCGAGAGGACUCUUCCAGCCAGGGGAGCCGCCCUUUGAAAACGGUGGUCCAGUCCUGCUGGUUCUCCCUGCCAGCCACCUUUAAGAGAGGCCCCUGUUCCUGCUGGCCCACGGAUGGGGAGGUGGGCCCUGGACGUCGCCUUUGUGUGGAAGGCAGCGCUGACCCUGGGCCUGGUUCUUCUAUAUUACUGCUUCUCCAUAGGCAUCACGUUCUACAACAAAUGGCUCACAAAGAGCUUCCACUUUCCCCUCUUCAUGACCAUGCUGCACCUGGCCGUGAUCUUCCUCUUCUCCGCCCUGUCCAGGGCACUGGUCCAGUGCUCCAGCCACAGGGCCCGGGUGGUGCUCAGCUGGACUGACUACCUCAGAAGAGUGGCCCCCACAGCACUGGCAACAGCACUUGACGUGGGCCUGUCCAACUGGAGCUUCCUCUACAUCACUGUGUCGCUGUACACGAUGACCAAAUCCUCUGCUGUGCUCUUUAUCCUGAUCUUCUCUCUGAUCUUCAAGCUGGAGGAGCUGCGUGCAGCGCUGGUCCUGGUGGUCCUGCUCAUUGCUGGCGGCCUCUUCAUGUUUACCUAUAAGUCCACGCAGUUCAACGUGGAGGGCUUUGCCUUGGUGCUGGGGGCUUCGUUCAUUGGCGGCAUCCGCUGGACCCUUACGCAAAUGCUUCUUCAGAAAGCCGAUCUCGGUCUCCAGAAUCCCAUUGACACCAUGUUCCACCUGCAGCCACUCAUGUUUCUGGGGCUCUUCCCUCUCUUUGCCAUAUUCGAAGGUCUCCAUUUGUCCACCUCUGAGAAGAUCUUCCGCUUCCAGGACCCGGGCCUGCUCCUGUGGGUUCUGGGGAGCCUCCUCCUCGGAGGGAUUCUGGCCUUUGGCUUGGGCUUCUCUGAGUUCCUCUUGGUCUCCAGAACCUCGAGCCUCACACUCUCCAUCGCUGGCAUUUUUAAGGAAGUCUGCACCCUGCUGUUGGCAGCUCACCUGCUGGGUGACCAGAUCAGCCUCCUGAACUGGCUGGGCUUCGCCCUCUGCCUCUCUGGCAUCUCCCUGCACGUGGCCCUCAAGGCCCUACAUUCCAGAGGUGAUGGUGGCCCUAAGCCCCGGAAGGGCCUGGGCUCCAGCGCCGACCUGGAGCUGUUGCUCCAGAGCAGCCAGCAGGAGGAGGACAACGGUGAAGAGGAGUAUUUCAUGACCCAGGGGCAGCAGUGACCAGCGCGGAAGCGGCAGAAGCAGACCGCUCUCCAGUCGACCGCUCUCCAGUCGCCACUGCUCCAGUCGCCACUGCUCCAGGGGCCCGGCUGGUUCCUCAGAGCAGCUGCAAGUGGUGGCCGCAGAGCCACCGGCCAGAGCUCUGAGGCUCCUGUUCUCUCCUGUGCAGCUUGGUCCCACAUAGCGAAGCCAGGCUCACCUGGAAUCUGAGCUGUCAGUGAAGGGAGCCAGCGGCCUGUCCACGGUUGCUCUGGCUCUCAGAGGUGAGGUAGUUUCUCAGGUUCAGACUGUGGGGCAUCUGGGAAGGAGUCAUGGAGAGGCUGGGCCUCAUCACCUGGACAGCAGCUUCCUCGGAGAGUAGAUUUAUUUAUAGUUGAAAUAAUGAUUUCCUUCUCCACAGCACAAUGUUGCCUAAGGCACGAGAGCAAGGAGAGCCCUGGGGCCUGGCCUCUCCUCCGUUCCCUGCCUGGGGCCUGGCCUCUGCCCUGCCUUCUGUAGCUCAUGCUCCUGUUUGUGCCCCAGGCCCCAUCCUUGGGGCCACACCAUGGACCCACAGCAGGAAAUAAAUGCGUGUUUGCCCAGUGCCAUCUUCUGGAGA